UGUUUCCUCUCCUCUCUCUUCUCUCCUCUCCUCUCCUCUCUCUCUAGAGAUUAUCUCUUGUGAUCUCACCUUUUAUCUCUGAUAAGAUGAAGAAGCGUGGAUAUGUAACAUCUUCUUCUGAUGAAACUGAAGAACCGAAUGUCAACCAGCUGGAACAGCCUGAAAGUUCCAGAUCCGGAUCCAAAAGAGCUGGUAAAAGGAAGAGGGCAAGGACUGAAACGACAGAAGACUUUAAGGGAAAAGGAAAGAUAACGGCGGGUAACAAUUAUCAAGAGGAGAUCGAGAGAUCAGAAAGUUUUAAGGAGAAUAUGCCAAUGGAGAUUGACAGUCCAAACGACAGUCUGGUGGCUGAUAUGGAAAUAGAUUCUGAAAAAGAGACUCCUCCCGAAAGACCUGCAGUAAAGACAUGUCCCCCAACAAGCAGCACUUUAUCUAGCGGCUUCACACGGAGUGCUCCCCAGUCAAUCAGCCAGUUUGUCACUGCACCGGUCACUAAGAAGCCUAUGCCUUCCACUGCUGGGUGUGCUGAAUGGAGGGAGGCCACACGUGACAAGCAAGCCUCUACCUCAUGUACAGAGGGCACAACUGAUGUUCUGAAGCAUGACAAGAAUAUGGAGUCUUGUGUUGUUUCCCUUGCCAAGCAGCUUGUAUCGGCGAUAAUCAGAGCACUAAUAGAAUCUGGAGCUGUGAAUGCCAACGAGGAGAGUGCCAACCAAGCCAAAGAUACUGCAGAUGACGAUAACUAGGGAGUGGCUGUGGCAGCUCUUGUGCAGAACUGAUAGACGGCUGCACAAUCCCAGCAAAUAUAGGCUUUUAAAAAUAUAUUAUAUAUAGUGAUAAUUGAGGUGGCUGUUUGUUCCCUUCGAACAAUUUUUGUUUCUUCCGUUUUUUUUUUUUUCCUAUGGAGGGUUAGUUGUUUUGUAAUAUGAAGUCUGAAUUUUUUUAUUAUGACUCUAAGUUAAGGUUUGUUUGUCAACAUUUUGACUACUUUUCUGGGUUUCACUGGUAAAUUUUAUAUUUUGAGUGUUUUUUUAUUAUG